UGCGUCUGUGCGAUUUAUACAAACCAGUCAACACGAACAGCUGUGACGGGGAGAGGUAAACAGACUCGAAAUAUUAUCUCAUUUAGAGUAAACAUUGGAUAUGGACCUUCGAUCAGUUUUCAGUAAUCAUUCUACAGAAGGAUACUCGGUUGGUCAUGUGUCUGCUGAGACCCUAUCAGAAGAUGAGGAUGAGAUGAGUAGCAAGCUAAGCAAACACAGGAGGGGUUCAGGGGGCUACACCCCUGCCCCCGGGGGCCCUUUCUCGGCACUCAUACCCAGCAUGUGGCCACAGGAUAUUCUUGCCAAAUUAGCACAGACUGAAGAUGCUGGUGCUGUGGGGGAUUUCAGAUAUGACGAGUUUGGCUUCAGAGUAGAAGUAGAAGAUGCAGCUGAACCCAACUCCAGCAAACUCCUGAGUGAACCCUUUAUAGAAGAUCCCCAGCAGAGAUUAAAAUGGACAGCUUACUUUGAAUUUGCUCAUAAUACAGAAGUUGGCGAUCUCACAUGGGAAUCGAUGGAAAGCAGAUUACCCCAAACAGAGAAGUUGCGUUCGCUGGUCCGCGAAGGCAUCCCACACAGCAUGAGGCAUCAGCUGUGGAUGAGACUGUGUGGUGCGCAGGAGAAGAAGAGUAGCAGCGAAAUGACAUACAGGGAAAUCAUUAAAGCCAGUUCGAGUGACCAGUCCAUGGCAGCCAAACAAAUAGAAAAGGACCUACUGCGUACGAUGCCCAGCAAUGCAUGCUUCUCAAACCAGAAGAGCACCGGUGUCCCCAGGUUACGUAGGGUUUUGAGGGGCAUCUCAUGGCUCUACCCUGAUAUAGGCUACUGCCAAGGGACAGGCGUGAUUGUAGCAUCGUUGCUCCUGUUUAUGGAUGAAGAAGAUGCGUUCUGGAUCAUGUGUUCAGUCGUAGAAGAUCUUGUUCCUCCGUCAUACUUCUCACACACAUUACUUGGAGUUCAGGCUGACCAGAGAGUGCUUAGACAACUAAUGGUGAGCUAUCUCCCCGAGCUUGAUCAACUACUUAAGAGCCAUGAUAUAGAAUUAUCCUUGAUUACAUUGCAUUGGUUUCUGACUGCGUUUGCCAGUGUGGUGCAUAUGAAGGUGCUACUAAGAAUCUGGGAUAUGUUCUUCUUUGACGGGUCCAUCGUUCUCUUCCAAAUCACACUUGCCAUGUUCAAAAUGAAGGAGGAAGAGCUAUUAUCGUUGGACAAUUCAGCUCAGAUCUUCAAUGCCUUGUCAGAUCUUCCGGGAGUAGUAGAUGAUAUGGAUAAGCUUGUACAGUCAGCAGUAAGGAUACAGAUAAAUAUCGAAGAUGAGGUGUGUAUCGGACCAGAAUGUUUUAGUUGUACGAAGUAUGAGAUUGGCAUGCGUCACUCUGCAUCCCUGACUGACAUCAUAGUAGACACACACAGACGGAAACAUCUGGCCUAUCUAAUGGCUGAACAAGGUGCUAUUGUCAACCCAGAAUCGGCAGGAAACCUUCCAAAACAGCAAGUGAACAAGCGUCAACUUCAGAGGAGAAAAUCACUGAUGGGAGCUCUGUUUCCUAAUCAGGAUGAUUCCAAUGAUUUGAAGGCUAAGAACAUUCGUCAGACGGAGCUUGUGUCAGAUCUGAGGGAAGCCAUUCAACAGAUCGGAAGACACUUUCAAGCUAUUGACCCAAAGAAUGCAAAAAUAGGUCUGAUACCAGACUACUCUCUGGAAAGUCACCAGAAAGACCACGAACAGUUUGUGAACAUCACAAGAACAAGGAAAAGAAGGGCCAAAGCACUGCUGGACUUUGAGAGGCAUGACGAUGAUGAAUUGGGCUUUAGAAAAAAUGAUAUCAUCACAAUCAUAUCUCAAAAAGAUGAGCACUGCUGGGUAGGUGAGCUGAAUGGCCUUCGAGGUUGGUUUCCGGCCAAGUUUGUAGAGAUCUUGGAUGAGAGGAGUAAACAAUACACCAGCGCGGGGGACGAUGCGGUCACAGAAACCAUCACAGACCUAGUCAGAGGAUCGUUAUGUCCUGCGCUAAAAGCUGUAUUUGAACACGGCCUGAAGCAGCCUUCUAUCUUAGGAGCAACGUACCAUCCGUGGCAUUUUAUUGAAGAGGCAAGUGCUAAGGAAGUUGAGAGAGAUUUUGAAUCAGUUUACUCAAGACUGGUGCUUUGUAAGACUUAUAGACUGGACGAGGACGGUAAAGUGCUAACACCAGAAGAGCUUCUGUAUCGGUCAGUCCAAGCGGUCAAUCUGACCCACGACGUAGCCCAUGCUCAGAUGGACGUCAAGUUCAGAUCGUUGACGUGUCUAGGCCUCAAUGAACAAGUGCUCCACCUGUGGCUCGAAACCCUGUGCUCCUGCGACAAGAUCGUGGAGAAGUGGUACCACCCGUGGUCCUUCCUCCGCAGCCCCGGCUGGGUCCAGAUCAAGUGCGAGCUCCGGGUCCUCUCCAACUUUGCCUUCAACCUGUCGCAGGAUUGGGAGCUCCCCAUCAAGAAAGACACUUGGGGACGAGCAGUGAAUCCUCCACAGACAUUACCAUCUCUAAAAGCUAGCAUCCGUGACAUGCUCAUUAAAUAUCACCUCUUCAGUUGGGAACUUUGAGGGCAGUAUAACUAUUAUUAGAAUAUGGGUCACAAUACAAUGGUUGCUGCAAUGUCAGGCAAGCAAA